CUCUUCAAUGUCUUGCAAAACGGCUGAACUGCGAAAUACAUAGCAGCAGAACUGUUGACUGUGGGACUGUGGUCCCGUCGCGCAAGGAAGGACCAUGACUCUCGAGAUAAGUUUGGACGACUUUCCAACACUGAAAUUAAAAAAUGUCUAUAUCAAAGAUAAAAAACGUCUUUUGGAGAUAAUAAACAUAAUUUUGAAGGAUGGAAGUAACUUUUUGCAGGUUGAUUAUGAUUUAUUUAUUACGAAGCAACAUGUUAAUGGUGAAAAAGUUCUUAGUAGUUUUGGUGUCUUCAGUAAGUGCAAGCAACUUUUAGAAACAUAUUCGAAAGAAUCAAGUCGACUGUACAAGAAGUAUAGACCAAUUGAAAUUGACCCAUAUUUACCAAUUGAUGUAAAAGCUGAAGAAAUGACAAAUUGGAUGAUCGAAACGGAAAAGAUAUUGAAAGAAAUACCUUUUGAUCCUAUUGAAAUAGAAGAAGUAUCAAAAGUUUAUGGUACAGAUUUACGAGAUGGUACCCAAGAAAUUUUAAAAAAAUUGGAUACUGUUGAUAUACCAGUACUUGUAUUUAGUGCUGGUUUAGGGGAUGUUGUAGAAGCUAUAUUAAGAAACAAAGGAGUUCUCUUUAAUAAUGUGAAGGUAAUUUCAAAUUUCCUUAAGUACAAAGAUGGAAAGAUAGUAGGAUUCAGAAAUAAAAGACUGAUUCAUGUUUUCAACAAAAAUGAACAUGCAAUAGAACAAGAAUAUUUCAAAGUUCUUGAAAGGAGAAGAAAUGUUUUGCUAAUGGGUGAUAGCUUGGGUGAUGCAUCAAUGGUAGAUGGCAUGAAAGACGUAGGUGCAGUAUUAAAAAUUGGUUUUCUAUACGAUCAUGUUGACAGUAGCCUGGAAUCAUAUAUGGAAGUAUUUGAUAUUGUUUUAGUUGAUGACCAAACAAUGCAAGUUCCACUUGAUAUUCUACAAAAGUUAUUAUAAUUGAUAAUUAAAUAUUCGAAUUUUGCGUGUAUAAUUACAGUAUAGCUAACACAAUUUUAUCAAUUGUCAAAACUUUCUUCUUCACGGAUAUUUAAUUUUUUAACACAAAAUGCAUAUGCUUUUGUAAGUAAGAUACAUUUUAAUGGAAUUUGUUAAAACUAAGUUAAUAUUGUUAAAAUAAAUAAAUGUAUUUUCUAGAAUAUAAUUAAGUGAAUAAUA